AUGUCUCUCUCGCGGACGUCGCAGCAGGCGGCCCUGCGGCUCGCCGCUCGCCGGCCGUUGCGGGCGUGCUCUUCGUCCUCCUCCACAUCCUCGUCCGCCUCAUCCGCCGCCGCCGCCGCUCAGUUCCCCUGCCGUAGCAGGACCACCGCCACCACGCGCCGCGGCGUGGCCGGCCUCACGCCGCCGCACCAGGCCGCCGCCAUCUCGCGGCUGCCGACCAACGUCGACCCCUCGUCGGACGAGUACCGCGACAACGCGCAGCAGAUGGGCGAGGUGGUGUCGCGCAUGCAGGAGCUGGCGCGGCGGGUGCAGCGCGGCGGGCCCGACAAGGCGCGCGACAAGCACCUCGCGCGCAACAAGAUGCUCCCCCGCGACCGCGUCACCGCCCUCGUCGACCCGGGCUCGACCUUCCUCGAGCUGUCGCCCAUGGCCGGCCACGAGCUGUACCCGGAGGCCGACGUGCCCGCCGGCGGCAUCAUCACGGGCGUCGGCGUCGUCGAGGGCGUCACCUGCGUCAUCGUCGCAAACGACUCCACCGUCAAGGGCGGCACCUACUACCCCAUCACCGUCAAGAAGCACCUCCGCGCCCAGGCCGUCGCCCAGGAGAACAACCUGCCCUGCAUCUACCUCGUCGACUCGGGCGGCGCCAACCUCCCCCACCAGGCCGACGUCUUCCCGGACAAGGAGCACUUUGGCCGCAUCUUCUACAACCAGGCCCGCAUGUCCGCCAAGGGCAUCCCCCAGAUCGCCGUCGUCAUGGGCCCCUGCACCGCGGGAGGCGCCUACGUCCCCGCCAUGAGCGACGAGAGCAUCAUCGUCGACGGCCAGGGCCACAUCUUCCUCGCGGGCCCGCCCCUCGUCAAGGCCGCCACCGGCGAGGUCGUCUCCCCCGAGGACCUCGGCGGCGGCAAGAUGCACUCGUCCGUCUCGGGCGUCACCGACUACCUCGCCGUCGACGACGCCCACGCCAUCACCCUCGCCCGCCGCAGCGUCGCCAACCUCAACUGGCCCCGCGGCACGCAGGCCUCCACGGUGCCCCCCGCCGAGACCUUUGCCGAGCCCCUCUACGACCCGGAGGAGCUGCUCGGCAUCGCCACCACCAACCUGCGCAAGCCCAUGCCCAUCCGCGAGGUCAUUGCCCGCAUCGUCGACGGCUCCGAGUUCUCCGAGUUCAAGCGCGACUUCGGCACCACCCUCGUCACCGGCUUCGCCUCCAUCUACGGCCAAAAGGUCGGCAUCGUCGCCAACGACGGCAUCCUCUUCGCCUCCUCCUCCGUCAAGGGCGCCCACUUCGUCGAGCUCUGCUCCCAGCGCGGCAUCCCCCUCGUCUUCCUGCAAAACAUCUCGGGCUUCAUGGUCGGCUCCGCCUCGGAGCGCGACGGCAUCGCAAAGCACGGCGCCAAGCUCGUCACCGCCGUCGCCUGCGCCGACGUCCCCAAGUUCACCGUCGUCGUCGGCGGCUCCUACGGUGCCGGCAACUACGGCAUGUGCGGCCGCGCCUACUCCCCGCGCUUCCUCUGGAUGUGGCCCAACGCCCGUGUCGGCGUCAUGGGCGGCGAGCAGCUCGCCGCCGUCAUGGAGACGGUCGGCCAAAAGGUCGACCCGGAGCUCAAGGCCCGCAUCGACCGCGAGAGCGAUGCCACCUACUCGUCCGCCCGCCUCUGGGACGACGGCAUUAUCCCUCCCCAGCACACCCGCCGCUACCUCGGCCUCGGCCUUCGCGCCGCCAUGGGCGGACGCAACGAGGUCAAGGCCGGAGACACCAAGUUUGGCGUCUUUAGGAUGUAA